UGGUUUCAGUAACCUCUUCACUCCUGGGCAGCUGCUGAAGACCUGGUGUGGCAGCCCUCCCUAUGCUGCACCUGAACUCUUUGAAGGAAAAGAAUAUGAUGGGCCCAAAGUGGACAUCUGGAGCCUUGGAGUUGUCCUCUAUGUGCUUGUGUGCGGUGCCCUGCCGUUUGAUGGAAGCACACUGCAGAAUCUGCGGGCCCGCGUGCUGAGUGGAAAGUUCCGCAUCCCAUUUUUUAUGUCCACAGAAUGUGAGCAUUUGAUCCGCCAUAUGUUGGUGUUAGACCCCAAUAAGCGCCUCUCCAUGGAGCAGAUCUGCAAGCACAAGUGGAUGAAGCUAGGGGACGCCGAUCCCAACUUUGACAGGUUAAUAGCUGAAUGCCAACAACUAAAGGAAGAAAGACAGGUGGACCCCCUGAAUGAGGAUGUCCUUUUGGCCAUGGAGGACAUGGGACUGGACAAAGAGCAGACACUGCAGUCAUUAAGAUCAGAUGCCUAUGAUCACUAUAGUGCAAUCUACAGCCUGCUGUGUGAUCGACAUAAGAGACAUAAAACCCUGCGUCUCGGAGCACUUCCUAGCAUGCCCCGAGCCCUGGCCUUUCAAGCACCAGUCAAUAUCCAGGCGGAGCAAGCAGGCACCGCUAUGAACAUCAGCGUUCCCCAGGUGCAGCUCAUCAACCCAGAGAACCAAAUUGUGGAGCCGGAUGGGACACUGAAUUUGGACAGUGAUGAGGGUGAAGAGCCUUCCCCUGAAGCACUGGUGCGCUAUUUGUCAAUGAGGAGGCACACAGUGGGCGUGGCUGACCCACGUACGGAAGUUAUGGACGAUCUGCAGAAGCUCCUACCUGGCUAUCCUGGAGUCAACCCACAGGCUCCAUUCCUGCAGGUGGCCCCCAAUGUGAACUUCAUGCACAACCUGUUGCCUAUGCAAAAUUUGCAACCAACCGGGCAACUUGAGUACAAGGAGCAGUCUCUCCUACAGCCGCCCACGCUACAACUGUUGAAUGGAAUGGGCCCCCUUGGCCGGAGGGCAUCAGAUGGAGGAGCCAACAUCCAACUGCAUGCCCAGCAGCUGCUGAAGCGCCCACGGGGACCCUCUCCGCUUGUCACCAUGACACCAGCAGUGGCAGCAGUUACCCCUGUGGACGAGGAGAGCUCGGAUGGGGAGCCAGAUCAGGAAGCUGUGCAGAGCUCUACCUACAAGGACUCCAACACUCUGCACCUCCCUACGGAGCGUUUCUCCCCUGUGCGCCGGUUCUCAGAUGGGGCUGCGAGCAUCCAGGCCUUCAAAGCUCACCUGGAAAAAAUGAGCAACAACAGCAGCAUCAAACAGCUGCAGCAGGAGUGUGAGCAGCUGCAGAAGAUGUACGGGGGGCAGAUUGAUGAAAGAACCCUGGAAAAGACCCAGCAGCAGCAUAUGUUAUACCAGCAGGAGCAGCACCAUCAAAUUCUCCAGCAACAAAUUCAAGAUUCUAUCUGUCCUCCUCAGCCAUCUCCACCUCUUCAGGCUGCAUGUGAGAAUCAGCCAGCCCUCCUCACCCACCAGCUCCAGAGGUUAAGGAUUCAGCCUUCAAGCCCACCCCCCAACCACCCCAACAACCAUCUCUUCAGGCAGCCCAGUAAUAGUCCUCCCCCCAUGAGCAGUGCCAUGAUCCAGCCUCACGGAGCUGCAUCUUCCUCCCAGUUUCAAGGCUUACCUUCCCGCAGUGCAAUCUUUCAGCAGCAGCCUGAGAACUCUUCCUCUCCUCCCAGCGUGGCACUAACCUGCUUGGGUAUGCAGCAGCCUGCUCAGUCACAGCAGGUCACCAUCCAAGUCCAAGAGCCUGCUGACAUGCUCAGCAACAUGCCAGGCACAGCUGCAGGCUCCAGUGGGCGGGGCAUCUCCAUCAGUCCCAGUGCCAGUCAGAUGCAGAUGCAGCACCGUACAAACCUGAUGGCCACCCUCAGCUAUGGGCACCGUCCCUUGUCCAAGCAGCUGAGUGCUGACAGUGCAGAGGCUCACAGCUUGAACGUGAAUCGGUUCUCCCCUGCUAACUACGACCAGGCGCAUUUACACCCCCAUCUGUUUUCGGACCAGUCCCGAGGUUCCCCCAGCAGCUACAGCCCUUCAACAGGAGUGGGGUUCUCUCCAACCCAAGCCCUGAAAGUCCCUCCACUUGACCAAUUCCCCACCUUCCCUCCCAGUGCACAUCAGCAGCCGCCACACUAUACCACAUCGGCACUACAGCAGGCCCUGCUAUCUCCCACACCGCCAGACUAUGCAAGACACCAGCAGGUACCCCACAUCCUUCAAGGACUGCUGUCUCCCCGACAUUCGCUCACUGGCCACUCAGACAUCCGGCUGCCCCCAGCGGAGUUUGCACAGCUCAUUAAAAGGCAGCAGCAACAACGGCAGCAGCAGCAGCAACAGCAGCAACAGCAAGAAUACCAGGAACUGUUCAGGCACAUGAACCAAGGGGAUGCAGGGACUCUGGCUCCCAGCCUUGCAGGACAGAGCAUGACAGAGCGCCAGGCUUUAUCCUAUCAAAAUGCUGACUCUUAUCACCAUCACACCAGCCCCCAGCAUCUGCUACAAAUCAGGGCACAAGAAUGUAUCUCACAGGCUUCCUCAGCCACCCCGCCCCACGGGUAUGCUCAUCAGCCGGCACUGAUGCAUUCAGAGAGCAUGGAGGAGGACUGCUCGUGUGAGGGGGCCAAGGACGGCUUCCCAGACAGUAAGAGUUCAAGUACAUUGACCAAAGGUUGCCAUGACAGCCCUUUGCUCUUGAGUACCAGUGGACCUGGGGACCCUGAAUCUUUGCUAGGAACUGUGAGUCAUGCCCAGGAAUUGGGGAUACAUCCCUAUGGUCAUCAGCCAACUGUUGCAUUCAGUAAAAAUAAGGUGCCCAGCAGAGAGCCUGUCAUAGGGAACUGCAUGGAUAGAAGUUCUCCAGGACAAGCAGUGGAGCUGCCGGAUCACAAUGGGCUCGGGUACCCAGCACGCCCUUCUGUCCAUGAGCACCACAGGCCCCGGGCCCUCCAGAGACACCACACGAUCCAGAACAGCGACGAUGCUUAUGUACAGCUGGAUAACUUGCCAGGAAUGAGUCUUGUGGCUGGGAAAGCACUUAGCUCGGCCCGGAUGUCGGAUGCAGUUCUCAGUCAGUCUUCGCUCAUGGGCAGCCAGCAGUUUCAGGAUGGGGAAAGUGAGGAAUGUGGGGCAAGCCUGGGAGGUCAUGAGCACCCAGACCUGAGUGAUGGCAGCCAGCAUUUAAACUCCUCUUGCUAUCCGUCUACGUGUAUUACAGACAUUCUGCUCAGCUACAAGCACCCGGAAGUCUCCUUCAGCAUGGAGCAGGCAGGCGUGUAACAAGAAACAGAGAGUUUUGUGUACAGCUUGGGAAUGAAAAGGUUGACCGCAAACCCACAGUGUCUUGCGGCGCUGCGCCAAAUUGCUCUUGUGUUUCUCUCCACCCAAAAUAUCACAGCUCCUUUCCGCACAUUUGGCUCAGCCGUGUGCUGUUCUUUUGGGUUCUGAGAGGGUUUUGCCAUGUUUGCUUGUAUGACCAAGUCACCAAGGAAAUAAACAGGAAGGAAAUCCAUGUUCUUCAUCUUUCGUGAAAGUGUAUUUGAGUUGCUGGUGUUUUGUUGUGUUUGGGGGUUUGUGUUGUGUUUUGUUUUUGGUAUGUUUUCUUCUGGAGGUCAUUUACUUUCUUCUUUUUCUUCCUUUUUUUCCUCUCGUUCCUUUUUUGAAACGGGAGAGCAAAGCAGUUAGAGUUCAGAGACCAGGGGCCUCAGGGCCACUCCCUCCCCAGCCUUCAUCAGCAGAGCACCCUCCAUCCCCCUGCAUUGCUCUUCCACAAAAGCAAAUACUAAAGGAUGCCAUCCUCUGGAAUCCUACUGGCAGGCAAAGGGAGAGAGGAAGGGUGACGGCUUCUGGCACUUAGAGAACAAAAAGAACAAAAAGAGAGAAACCCCCAAGCCUGGAACCCAGAGAGGUCUUUACUGCUGGGAUCCACGGAAAACAUGUCUGUCCCAGCAAGAUCAUAUGACGAGUUUAGCACGGAGGCUGAGAAUGACCUGGCAUAGAUGGUUUGCCAGUUAGAAUGUCUCAAUCGGAGCCUUUGCUUUUUGUGGAUAACUCAGCUCCCCUCUUGUAACCUGGAAAGUUGGUUGCCUUUAUCAUCCUGCUGGUUUUACCCAUGGACUGAACACCCGACAGCAGUGCACUAUGCUUUCCGUGACAUCUUUCAUUCUCAUUUUAUGUUGUGCUAUAAAAACGAUUGUUUCUCCAUAUAUAUAUUAUAUAUGUGUAUAUAUAUAAUAUAUAUGUGUGUGUAUAUAUAUUUUAUAUAUAUAUAAUAUGUGUAUAUAUAUUAUAUAUAUAUAAUAUAUAUAUAUAUAUAUAUGCUCUCCCCUUUCAGCCUCUUCGUCACAGGCAAGAAGUGUAGUAGGUUGCCUUGGGCCCUGCCUCUCUCCUAACCCCCUCUUCCCCACUGGGCACCCUCAGCCCCUAUAUUUUAAUUCUUGAUCAUGUAGAAAUUGUUUUUGGUAAAUGUUGAUAUUAUUGUUAUUAUCAUUAUUAAUAAAUAAAGAGAAAAGGAAUUUUUGUUUAAAUGAGAAAUGUUUAACCAGAUUCUGUUCUAUUUGAAUUGUGACUUGCACCUUUUGUUCAAAGUAUUUCCUUUAGGCAUUGUAAUUGUGAACAGCUCUUACUCGUGCCAGUGACAGAUGCAGUGGUCUCCUUUCUCCGGUUGAAGCAGUGCAUAUGCAAUAGCUAUUGUUUGUGUUAUCUUUAUUUCUCUUCAUUGUUAGAAACCAAAGUCUUCUCUGCUGGCUGGGGCUGAGAGAGGGUCUGGGUUAUCUCCUUCUGAUCUUCAAAACAAGAGAGAGACCUUGAAUACUCUGACUCUCCACCCUUGUUUUUUUCUGAGAAAGGAGAGCAAGAGGUCCUGAGUCCCCUCCUAGUCUUUCAUCCUGAAUUUGCACAGAGGAAAGCGGGUGCCCGGCAUGGCCAUCCUGAUGUUGCUGGCGGGAUCUCCAAGCACCUUGUCCUUCUCCACUGAUACUGGCAGCUCGGCUCCUGGACCCAAUAUCCCUUGAGUGGAAUUCUGCAGUGAAAGAGCCCUUCCUGGGAGCUGUCCCAUGUUUCCAUGGUCCCAGUCUCCCCUCCACUUGGUGGGGUCACCAACUACUCACCAGAAGGGGGCUUACCAAGAAAGCCCUAAAAGCUGUUGACUUAUCUGUGCUUGUUCCAGCUCUUAUGCCCCCAACCUGCCCUACCACCACCACGUGCUCAGCCUGAUCUGUUUACAUGGUACUGUAUGUAUGGGAGAGCAGACUGCACCCUCCAGCAACACCAGAAGAAGGCCAGUGAGCCUACUAACCAUGCCAUCUUGCAAACUACACUUUAAAAAAAAAAAACUCAUUGCUUUGUAUUGUAGUAACCAAUAUGCGCAGUAUAUGUUGAAUGUAUAUGAACAUACUUUCCUAUUUGUUCUUUGAAAACGUCAGAAGUAUUUUUUUUUUUUUCUCAUUUUAUGUUGAACUAAAAAGGAUUAAAAAAAAUCUGCAGACUCAA